AUGCCACUUUCCUGUACAGGCAAACUCUUGAGAAUUCUUCUUAUCGUGUUCAACCUCCUCGUCUUUGUGGCGGGUGGCAUUAUGGCAGGAUUUGGUAUCUACCUUGUGGUUGAGGCGAAGUUGUUCAAUAUGACAAGUAACUUAAUGAUCUUUUUGGUGGCAUUCUUGGUCAUUGGAUGUCUGGUAUUUAUCACUGGUUUUCUUGGAUGUGUGGGAGCUUGGAAGAAGAGUAAAUGUCUCCUACGAAUGUUCGCCACUAUUUUGGUUCUUAUUAUAAUCGCUGAGAUUGCCUGUGGAGUCAUCCUGCUUGUUAAAAGGAAUGAAUUCAAGCCCUUCAUCAGAGAAUUCUUCACAAAAGCAAUUUCAGAGGUUGAAAGCACUCCAAAUACUGCACUCGAAGACACAGUUAGAGAACUGCAAAACACAUUUGGCUGUUGUGGAGCCAAUGGACCAAAUGAUUGGAAUUCAUCUAUGAAAUACUGUUGUAAGGAUGGAAAAUCCUGUGUUACUGCUUUCAUGCCCGGCUGCGUAGAUAAGAUUUCGCACGAACUGCGGGAGCACAGCAUUGGUAUUGGAGCUGGUGUUGUGGUUCUGGCCUUCAUUGAAAUUGGUGCCAUCGUGGCAGCUCUCAUUCUGGCAAAACAAUCCGAAUAG